GGGAAAAUAAAAAGAAAAAAAAGAAGAAGAAGCAAAAUCUUUGUUGUUUCGGAUAAUGUUGGCUUGUGGAGACAACAGCCGGUGUAGUUGUCGCCGGGGAAGAAUGAACCAAACGACGUCGCUCCACUAACUCCCCAAAAAAAAUCUUCAUAUAGUUGCGAACAAUUCACUCUAUCUCAACAAAAAAAUACUGACUCUUCUGUCUCAUCUCAUCAUCACUUCAAUUUGAACUUAACUGAGAAAUGCGAACCACUUUCUCCUCAUCUCAAUGACUCUCAAGCUCCCAAUCACUUUCUCCAUCUCCUGCUCCAAUGCCUCCAGGCCCACCGGAAAGCCCAACAAGAACCCAUCAAAGCCCAAAGUUGUUGAUCCAAAAUCACACCCCGCCCUUAAGUUUUCAAAUAUACCCAAACAGAAACUAAGACCAGUCACUAAACCACCCGAUAAUGUCAAAAUCAGCGAAGACGGACUCUCGUACGUAAUUGAGGGUGCUCCGUUCGAAUUCAAAUACAGUUACACUGAAACCCCCAAAUCUAAACCACUUAAAAUGCGUGAACCGGCUUUUGUUCCUUUUGGACCGGUUUCUAUGCCUAGACCUUGGACCGGUCGACCUCCACUUCCUCCUAGUAAGAAGAAACCUCAUGACUUUGAUUCUUUUGUUCUUCCACCGCCUCAUAAGAAGGGAGUUAAACCGGUUCAGUCUCCCGGUCCGUAUUUGCCGGGAACUAGUCCUAGGUAUGUACGGUCUAGAGAAGAGAUAUUGGGUGAACCUUUGACGAGGGAGGAAAUCAAUGACUUGGUUCAAAGCUCCUUGAAAUGCAGUCGCCAACUCAAUUUGGGUAGAGAUGGUUUCACACACAACAUGUUGGAUAAUAUACAUGCUCAUUGGAAGCGUCGAAGGGUGUGUAAGGUUAAGUGCAUAGGAGUGUGUACCGUUGACAUGGAUAAUGUGUGUCAGCAAUUGGAGGAAAAGACGGGAGGGAAGGUCAUUUACAGAAGGGGCGGUGUUCUUUACCUUUUCCGAGGAAGAAAUUACAAUUAUAAAACACGUCCGCGUUAUCCUCUCAUGUUGUGGAAACCCGUGCCUCCAGUAUAUCCUAGGCUGAUUCAGCAAGUUCCAGAAGGUCUAACACUAAAAGAAGCAACUGAAAUGCGUCAAAAAGGAAGGGCAUUGCCUCCCAUAUGCAAGCUAGGAAAGAAUGGUGUUUAUUUUAAACUAGUAAACAAUGUCAGAGAGGCAUUUGAAGAGUGUGAACUAGUACGUGUAAACUGUCAAGGACUAAAUAAAAGUGACUAUCGAAAGAUUGGAGCCAAACUGAGGGAUCUUGUUCCAUGCACGUUGAUUUCAUAUGAAAAUGAGCAUAUACUUAUGUGGAGAGGACGAAAUUGGAAGUCAUCUUUACCAGAUCUCGGAGAUGACUCGAAGGAAGCCAAUAAAACUGAUAUUGACAACAAAAAUUACAAAACACUGAAGUCAGCAGCCCUAGAUGUCUCGGCACCAAGUCUACAGAAUAAUCCCACAGAACAAUCUAUGUCUGUGGUUGCUGAUGCUUCACUUACAAAAGCCUACGAAGCUGAAACCACAAAUAUUGCCACAGAUUCCUGUGGUGAGCCAGAACCUUGCAGGAGCACCAGCCUAGGUAUGAUCAUAUCACACGAUGGUGUGGAAUGUCCUUCAAAUUCUAUGAGUGAUAGCCAUGGAACUUCAGAUAUAAUGGACAACAAAAGAUGCAGUGACAGUUUUUCUACUUCAGUUUCAGGAUCAGAUGCAAUGCUAGAAUCUAGUGACAAUAACAUUUUUGGCAUGGUGGAUCCUCAUGCUGAUGAAUUGCUACAUGAUUCAGGAGCACCUGAUGUCAGUCCACUACCAAGGUCAGCUGCCCCUUGUAUGAAAGGAAUUUCAUUACUAUUGGAGCAAGCUGUUGAGCAAGGCAGUGCACUUGUUUUAGAUAAAGAUUCUUUGGAUGCAGACAAUAUUUAUCGAACCACAGUUUCCUUUGCCAAAUCAGCUCCACCUGGACCUGUUUUUAUGAAACACAGAAAGGCUGCGGUUGUGGUUCAAAAACGUGACAAGCAAGAAGCUCCGACUUUGGAGACAAGAGAAACUACCACUGUUACCGUGAAAGGCAAAAAGGAGAGGAGUCCUAGAAUUGGAAGAAAGGAAAAUUUUGAUGAGGGAUUUAGGAAUCUUGUACCACAAGGAACAUUAGGAGUUGAUGAACUUGCUAAACUACUGACAUGAUACUGGCUAGAAUAAUGAUGCCAUCAGAAUGAAUUUUUUUUUCCCAACUGAAUCUUACUUAGUGCAUCCGUUAACAGUGAAAUAUUAAGUUUUAUUCUGUUUCUCUGCCCUUUGUACUACUUUCGUUAUUCUUUGUAUAUUAUCUUAAUAUUCUAGGUUGCCAAUAUUUAAUUGCCAGCAUCUUUAUGUUGUGAAUGGCUUUAGGUCAUGUUGUCAACCUCUAUGGCUUUAUGAUGUUCAGAUAUAGAUGAUGGGAAAUGGCUGAUGGCUAUUCAUUA